AUUCUUGGUUCACACCACCUUCUCUCCGAAGCCGUGUCUGCAAAGGCCCCCGACACGAAAGGAAACGCGGAGAGAGCCCCUUGGCGGAGCCCCAGUCCGGACGACAAAGCCUUGCUUUUGAGGCAGAAGCACAGAUGGCUACACGUCCGAGAGAAAGGAGACGUGCCCCUGCGGAGAAGACAGGACCUCCGGCGGUGGAAGAGCUGGCUGCCCCGGCGCUUGGCCGAGGAGCUGAAGGCGGAGCAGCAGAAGACCCCAGACCGGCGAGUCCGACGUCUGGAGAGUCUGUGCUCAGCACAUCUGCUGCGGGGGAGGCGGUCGGGCCGACUGGCCGAGGACCAUGAACCUGACUCAGAGGGCUUGACCCAGCGAGGGGCCGCCAGGUCGCCCAGGGCCGAGGGGAAGCACACAAUGGCCGUGCCGCAAGAGAAGGGACACAGGGAAGAGCUGGUCCGACGGCAGCCCUGGUGCACCACGUCCCGGAGAAUAGCGGUGACCCAGGAGAGGCAGGGAGCCUCCAGAACCACGGGCCUGAGUCCUCGCCCGCUGAGCCCAGCAGAGAGGAGUGAAGGAAAACACGCGCCUUCAACGAAGACCGGCGGGGGCCACCGUCCCGUUGACCCUGGGCUGAGAAGAGGGACAGAACUUGGGAAGCUCUUGGCUGCUGUAGGGGAGAUCAAAUGCCUGGAGGAACGGGAGACAGAAACAGCCCAGGACGGCAGGAGGCAGCUGGGGAAGCGAACGGCUUGUCUUCAAGGCCCGAAAAACCACUGUUUGGAUCAGAGCCCCGAGGGCAAAGCCGACGACCUGGAACAGCUGUGGCCAGUCGGCUCGACCUGCAGAAGGGGGGCCUGACCGCUGGCAAAGCUCUGUGACAAGAGCAGGUGGCAGGGAGAGCUGGAGUUUGCCUCUGAAGGGUUGUUUGAUACCAACCGGAAGCUGAAAAAACACCUGAACUUGCACCUGGAUCUCAAGCCCGGGAUGGAUCAGAGCCCCAGUGAAGAACAGGGCUUUGAGGAGAUGCAGGCAUGGAGAAGGGAGAGCCAGAGAAAGAGGAAUGGAAGAGAUGCAGAGAUGGACAUGGUGCCCACCGGGGAGCCCACGAGUCCAGCGGGGGUGGACGCCCACCUGACGCCGUCCAGAACCAGCUUGAAAAAGUUACUAAGCAAGCUCAAGAACCAAAAAUCCCAUAGGAUGGCCAAGUGCGUGGUUAAGAAUGACAGUAAACCGUGGUCUCCCGAGGCAGGGACAUCUGUCGAUGAAGAGAACCUGCUCUUGUGCAGCCCCGAAUCCAGACAGGAGCCGCCCCGGCCGGACGCGCUGGCACAGGGCUCCCUUCAGCUUCACCCGCGAGAACAGGCAGACAGAGGUGGCUUGACGGCAUCAAGGCAGAAGCAGAAAAUGCAGGAGGAGCAGAGAAGACCAAAGCAGCUGGGCUCACUCAAGCAAAUCAGACACCCCAAGAUGAGCUUGGAGGCCGACCUCCAGACGGAGCCGGAAGAUGGGAGGAGGGCACAGAGGCCAGCUUCUCUGGCUCAUCGGAAGCCUGACUCCCCUCCAGACCAGGAGAAGAAAGGAGGGUAUGACCGCAGCCCCACUUCCCCCUCGGCCAGCAUCGUCGAUGAUGACAGGCACAGUCAGAUGAUCCGUGACCUUCAACAGCAAAUUCUAGAGCAAAACAAGUUGCACAAGCAGUUUCUUGAAGAAACCAGGAAAUGCUUGUGAGAGUUUCAGAAAAUAUGUUAAAAACGAGAGUCCCACCCCUGGUAAAUACAUCACUGGUAACUGAGCGUUCUGCCAGAACUGGCACCCAAGUCUGUGUGAUUGUAUUUGCGUCAUCUGCUCAGAAACCUGUAGCCUCUUUAAAAUGGGCCAUCAGUCAUCCUUCCAUCCUUUGGAGCGAAUUCCUCUGCAGGAAUCGUACUUAUUGCCAAUCUUGCCUUUAAAACGAAGUCCAGUUCAGGAAGACUCCUUAGCACGAACGUGUGGGGCGCGCUAGGAGGGUCUGGCCAUUGUAGCACGAAGGUGUGUCCCGGAGCUGAGGCUGUUUUCAUGUGCCACAGCACAGGUGGAAAUACCAGGUACAUUUAAGUGCUUUAGAUGUUUUGGCGAAAUAAACAGUGGACUCUGAGGGGCAUCCAAGGUCAGACGGGCACAGUUUCAAAAGAUACAUCAUUUGUUGCUUAGCCAGUGGCUGAGACGUUAAUGGAGAGAUUUAACAAAAAUCUUUUAGUCUU